GAUGAGCCCCUGCAGCAUCCUCCUCCUCCGGCGCCCCGCCCUCACCUGCGGCCCCGCCGUGCGUGGAACCGCAGGGCUGCGGCCGCUGAGCUGCUCCCUGCGCGCCCCGGGGGGCCGCGGGCACCCGCUGGCCGCCCUGCCCGGGCCGCCCCGCUGGCCGCUGAUGGGCAGUUUGCCCGACGUGCUCUGGAAAGGGGGGCUCAAGAGGCAGCACGACACGCUGGCCGAGUACCACAGGAGGUUUGGGAAGAUCUUCCGCAUGAAGCUGGGGGCUUUCGACUCGGUGCACAUCGCAGCCCCCUGCCUCCUGGAAGCUCUGUACCGCCGGGAGAGCGCCUGCCCCCAGCGCCUGGAGAUCAAGCCCUGGAAAGCCUAUCGGGACUAUCGCGACGAGGGCUACGGGCUGCUGAUCCUGGAAGGAAAGGACUGGCAGAGGGUAAGAACUGCCUUUCAAAAGAAAUUGAUGAAACCCAGGGAAGUUGCAAAGCUGGAUACCAUAAUCAACGAGGUCCUGGAAGACUUCAUGCACAGAAUAGAUGAUGUUUGUAACCACGAUGGACAAAUGGAAGAUGUCUAUUCAGAAUUCAACAAAUGGUCAUUUGAAAGUAUCUGUCUUGUGCUGUACGGAAAGAGGUUUGGUCUCCUACAGCAGGAUGUAGAAGAAGAAAGUUUGAACUUCAUCAAGGCUGUAAAAACGAUGAUGGCUACUUUUGGAAUGAUGAUGGUGACCCCCGUGGAACUUCACAAGGGCCUGAACACAAAAGUCUGGCAGGCUCACACAAAAGCAUGGGAUGAUAUAUUUAAAACAGCCAAGCACUCCAUUGACUGUCGACUGGAAAAACACUCUGCAAACCCUCAGGAGGAUUUCCUGUGUGACAUCUAUUCUGGAGGACAACUUUCCAAGAAGGAGCUGUACGCUGCCAUCGCAGAGCUCCAGAUUGCUGGAGUUGAAACGACGGCCAAUAGUUUACUAUGGGCUUUGUAUAACAUUUCACGCAAUCCACACGUUCAGCAGAAGCUUUUCCAGGAAAUACAGAGUGUUUUGGCUGCUAAUGAGGGUCCAAGUGCUGAGAACCUGAAAAACAUGCCUUACCUAAAAGCAUGUCUGAAAGAAUCCAUGAGACUAACACCAUCGGUGCCGUUUACCACUCGCACCAUCGACACAGAAAUGGUUCUGGGAGAUUAUCAGCUGCCCAAAGGGACCAUACUAAUGAUAAAUAGCCAUGCCUUGGGCUGCAAUGAAGAGUACUUUAAUAGCUGGACUCAGUUUAAACCAGAGCGCUGGUUUCAGAAAAACUUGAUAAACCCAUUUUCUCAUGUUCCAUUUGGCAUCGGGAAGAGGAUGUGCAUCGGACGCCGCGUCGCAGAGCUACAGCUUCACUUGGCUCUUUGCUGGCUCAUUCGCAAAUACCAAAUUGUAGCAACUGAUGACAAACCAGUAGAAACACUCCAUUCAGGAAUACUGAUUCCCAGCCGGGAGCUUCCCAUUGCAUUUCACAGACGAUAAGCUUGCAGAAAAUAGAUGACAACCCUGCUGCUGCCUUCUCUGAAAAAACGCAUAUCAACUGGGAAAGUCAAAGCCUAUGGUAACCAGUGGAGAAACUGCUACACACAUCCCUUGAACAAUUGCUGAGCCAGAAAUAGCACCAAAAAAAUCUCCCGUACUGUUUUAUUGGGAAAAUGUGGUUAGUUAGUUCAGCUGUGCUUAGCAGUGUUAAGAGGAAAGAAAAAUACCAUGCACAUUCAUAUACCUAUGCAAAUAUACUGAUUUAGUGCAGCUGAGGGACUAUGCAGAGUAGAGCUUGAUAAUGAGCUGUGGAAUGUUAUGUAUAGUUCUUGUUAGUGCACAGUGAAAUUAUUAUAGCCUCAAACUGUUCAACAGGCCGGCUUGGAAAGAGCUGGCUUCCAGUCUUUGGGUAUCAUACAGGAUACCUGGGGAACAACAGCCCCAGCUGAACUGCACUGUUAGCUCAGAGUUGAGGAGCUUUGGGAAGGCAGCUUUAGGGAAAAGAAACUUGCUUAGUCUUUAUCAGAUUGCCAAUGUAAUGAAUUAAACUGAGAAGUAAGAUGGCAGUCUGUAACAAGAGUAACAACAGGGCUUAAAAAUUAGGAUAAUUAAAGAAGUAUACUUUCCCUAACAUUAUUCACUUCCUUAAUAAAAGGGAAAUAAGGAUAAAGGUAUACAACAGGAUUUAUUCCUCAUUCCUGCACAGUACUCUGAUUCGAACAGUUGCAGUACUGUUGAGUACAGAGUAUACUGCUGCAUACUCUGCUCUUACCUAUAGAGUUUCAUGCCUCCAACUCCCACACAAGUCAUUUUAUCAUGACUUUAUUGCAAAACCUUAGUGGUCUUUUAUUGCAUGAAAGGCCUUAUCCGUAAAUGGAAUCACUAGAAUCCUAUGGGUUCUGCCACUAGUAAGUGAUGAUUAUCCUAACAGGAUAGUUAUUUUAUCAAUGAGUAAUAUAAAAUAUAUUUUUCAAAGAACCGCAGGAAAUAAGGAUCCUAAACAUUUUGAAGAGGUCUAUUGCUUGUGGAGAUUUCAAUAUCUGUAUCUGAAGGUUAAAGUUGUCACUGCCCUGCAUGUAAUACUGUGUGUUAGCUAUUACAGUCACUAGUGUAUUUCCCCAUGAUGCAGUUUGAAGUACAGGUUUAUAUAUAUAACAUGAAUGGUUAUUUUUAUUUUUUUACAUUCUGAAAUGUUACAACUUCUUGGCAUUUUUUUGUUUUCCUCUGCUGUUUAUAAGCUGCAGCUACAAUGUGUAAAGCAAUUUGUGCAUUACCUGAACCUUUCUAGUCAAUUUGGUAAUAGUCAACUUUAUAAUAAAGAUUUCAAUUUUUUUUUCCUGUAAGUGUUCUUCCAUAGUUUACUAUAAAAUCUUUGUAGCAUUACAAAAA